AUGUCACUUAUCCUACCUUUUCAACACCUACACUUCGUUACCAUCAGCACCCAGAGGAGAGUCGAGUUAGACGACGACGCACUUAUGCAGAUGGCGGAAGCGUGGCCAAACCUCAGCUACCUCUCCAUCAAUUACACGAAGGGGUGGGAAGGUCUACCAAAGACAAGUCUACAGGUCGUCCGCGCUGUGUUAAACAAGCUCACGCAACUCCACACUCUACGCAUCGCAGUAAACGUCAGAAGCAUAAGCGCCGAAGAUCUCGUUGGCGAGAGUGGUGGGCGAUCGAGCAUCGAUAAGCCCUUUAAUUCGAGCCUCCUCGACUCGGCAAUCGGCGAGAACAUCCAUGAGAUUGCAGCAUUCCUCGCGAACGAGUUCCCGCGUAUGGGGUAUCCUGGAUCCACUGAUUACAGCUGGGUAGUUUGA